AUGGAACGAGAGACCGCUGUCCAAGGGUUCCCAGGAGUAACGAUCACAGUCGGCAAUAGAGGAAAACAACCUGACUAUGGAUGGGGGGGCCCACCCCACCCGCCUGACUAUGGCCGUAAGCCGACGGUCGUUCUUGAAGUUGCGGUGUCGGAGUCCAAAGCCAAGCUAGAGCGCGACGUGGAGUUUUGGUUAGAUCCGUCCGUUUUAGAUUCUCCGUUAAUCAUUCCAUUUGAGAUCCUGAUGCGACGACCAAGCUCCUCUCCGCUGAAAACCAAUGUUAGCAUCGGCAUGCAAGACCUCAAGGGCAUUGCAGAAGGGAUCUUUGCCCAAGAUUUCCGAAGGGGCGUAUGUACGGUGUAG